UGUUUUGCUAUCGGAAUGUAAACAUUGCAGUGUGCGAUCCAAACAAACCAGAUGGGAUUCAUCAGAAGCCGGCUAAACUCUUUAGUGUUGCUGUAGCUUUGCACAAUUUUAUUUUCAUAUGAGUAAAUUUGUAUAGAAGUUCAGUUUCCAUCAUUGUAAACACGUGUUAUCCUCGUUACUUGCGUACCGGCGUUGUCUUGCUCGCAUCACAACUUGUCAUACAUCUCCAGCAUACAAUGGGAACGCAACGAAUGUCCACGGAAAACGUGGAACGUUUCGUUAAUGAGCAGUUGAAGGAAGAUUUGCGCGUGUAUGAAAAGCGGCUGAAAGAGUUGAAUGCUGAAAUGCUGGAGUAUGUGCAGCUGAAGCACAUGAUUGAAACCAUCCUAACGAAAGAGCAUCGCACUGAAUUCAAGACGCAGGUGAACAUUGGUGGAAACAUGUUCAUUAAGGCCCGAGCAGAAAACGUCGAACACAUACUGGUGGACGUUGGGUUGAAGGUUUACGUAGAGUUUAAAAUCGAAGAAGCUAUAAGGUUUGUGGAAAUGAAGAUUAAAGUGCUUACGAAAGAGGCAGACAUUGUACGGGAAAAGAGCAUCGAAACGAGGGCCAAUAUCAAGCUGGCACUCCUUGUGAUAGGAGACUCACAGCAACUGCACACAACUCAGGACGAUCGAUAGUAAGAACAUGGGUGGGUGAAAACUAUGGUGUACCGUGUAUCGUAAAGUGAAGAGAAAUAAAUAUUUUACACGUUAA